AUACAGCAGGUGCCACCAAAAUCCACAUUCACUCAUGACAUCACUAUCUUCUUGAUCUCGACGUAUAAAUACAUCGCUUCUCUCUUCCUCCUUCACUUCAUUCAUUCUGCAGAUUAAUCAUGAAGAGGCAAAGAGUGGUGGGUGUGAGCGGCUUUGAAGCUGCAGAAAUGGCCGCCAUGGCCAAGAAGAAGAGGAAGGCCAAACCUGAUGAGGCUGAUCAUCAUCACAAGCAGAAGGAGGAGCAGAAGAAGGAAGUGAAGCAGAUGGAAAUAGCGGGAACUGAUCAGGAAAAUGUUGCUGGCUGGGCUAAUAACUGGGAAGAGACUUGGCCUUGGAUCGGAGAUUUCGUCGACGAGCAGAUGUCGUGGGGUUCUGUUUGGUUCCCGUUCUGGGAUAUGGAUUUCUCCGGCAAGGCUUUCGUUGCUGAUCUGUACGGUGACGUUGUUUGGGACGACGAUAUCUGGAAUUUGAAGGGGGAAAUCCCAAAUCCUUUCGAGGCUUGAUGAUUAGGCUUCACAAGAAGAGAAGAACGAUGGGUUGUUCUGAGACUUGUCAACUUGUUAUAGUUUCUCUGCUCUGUUCUUUGCUCGCUUAGGAAUGGAAUAUUUAGCUUUUACGGUCUGUUUCAUAUACUAGUGUGUUUUGAUUACAGCGCUUGAUCAAAAUGAAUAAGCAUAUUUGAUUGCAUUCAUUCUUUUUUAUAUGUUAUUUAUAUGAAUUAUAUAAGUAAAGCUACACUGCCAAACUCAUCAGAU